CGUGGAUUCCAUGUGUCGGCGUGAGCAGCCGCGUCGGUGUCCGAGCGCGCGCCCAGGCAGCCCGCAGCCUGUAGGUAGAUGAAAACAGCCGAAUCUAUAUCGGGACUCCCCCAGCUGCCACAGACCUGAGCAGGUGGCUGCGCCGGUGAUUCGACAAAGACCCUCGACAGCUUGACUGUAAUCUCCCCGUGACGACAGAGAAUUCUCUGAGUAAAACCUGGAAGACGUCCUCUCCGGAACCUCUCAGUGGACCAGGAAUCCAACAGCAAGACAGACCUCACCGGACCUGGAUGGAAGCGUGGAUGUUUAAUAUGCUCUGAUUUGGGAUUUUAUCAUCCUUCCCGGCGUUUUUGGAUCCUCCAUUUCUUUACAACAAAAAAAAAAUCAUGUUACCAGACAUAAACAACAAGACUUCACGGCCAGAGGCUUUCCCUCAUCCUCACAGAGUUCCGACCGAGGGGAAUCGUCUCGGGACCCUCCGAACAUGCUCACAGAAGUUCGGGCAGGGCGUGGUGACUCUUCCCCAGCUGGAGCCACAGGUCGUCCAGGUGGUGGUCAGCAGUGCCAAAAACCAGCAUCAGCAGACGGACAACAUCUUACCCCAGAUAACUAGCAAAGGUGGCCAGACCAACUACCAGACGGAGGAACGGCAGAAGCAGUUCACCAUGAGGUUUGGUGCCACCAUUGACAAAGUGCCCGUCUCACGCAGCAACAAGAUCAUCAGCAAUAAACAGGAAAAAGAGAAAGCGUAUGAAGGACUGAGGCUGCCCAUGGCUCCCACUGACGCACUGAAGAACUUCCAGGGCCGGUUGACGGACUUUGAACAGGAGGAGAUCAUGGACUACGCCGAGAUCUGGUUCAUGGGUCUGGGCUCUCAGAAGAUUGAAGGGUCUCAAGGUGCACCCCAGAACAAUGGAUACGAUGAUGAGCACGGGAGCUACAUCAGGGUUCUGCACGAUCACAUUGCUUACAGGUUCGAAGUGCUGGAAGUGAUAGGCAAAGGAUCCUUUGGACAGGUGUUGAAGUGCCUGGACCACAAGACCAACGAGCUGGUUGCCAUCAAAAUGAUCCGCAACAAGAAAAGGUUUCAUCAUCAAGCACUGGUGGAGUUGAAGAUUCUGGAUGUGAUAAAGAGGAAAGACAAAGACAACCUUCACAACGUCAUCCACAUGAAGGAGUACUUCUACUUCAGAAAUCACCUCUGCAUCUCAUUCGAGCUUCUGGGGGUCAAUCUGUACGAGCUCAUCAAGAAGAACAACUUCCAGGGCUUCAGCAUCGCUCUCAUUCGGCGAUUCACACACGCACUCCUGCGCUGCCUGCAGAUGCUGCACCGAGAGAAGAUCAUCCACUGUGACCUGAAACCAGAGAACAUACUUUUGUCUCAACGAGGCCCUGGGAACAUCAAGGUGGUGGACUUUGGAUCCAGUUGCUACGAGCAGCAAAGAGUCUACACAUACAUCCAGAGCCGAUUCUACCGCUCCCCAGAGGUCAUCCUGGGUCACCCCUACAGCAUGGCCAUUGACAUGUGGAGCCUGGGCUGCAUAUUGGCAGAGCUCUACACUGGAUACCCCCUUUUUCCUGGGGAGAGUGAAGUGGAGCAGAUUGCAUGUAUCAUGGAGGUUCUUGGACUGCCUCCAAACGAUUUUGUCCAGUCUGCUUCCAGAAGGAGGUUGUUUUUUGACUCGAAGGGAAAUCCAAGGAACACCACAAACAGCAAAGGGAAGAAAAGGAGGCCGAGCUCCAAGGAGCUAUCAGCUGCACUGAAAACAAAUGACGUGUUGUUUUUGGACUUCAUCAAACGCUGCCUCACGUGGGAUCCCACCAAACGGAUGACUCCGGACGAGGGGCUGCAACACGAGUGGAUUCUGGAGGGAAACUUCAACAAGACUCGUCCCAGAACAAGACCACCAGUGAAGAAGACCACAGAAGGGUCUCCAUCCACCGACAACUGUGUUGACCAUAACAGACAAGCCCACAGUCAACCAGCUGAGAAGACAAGCUCUGAGGGCAGCCACAGUGAAAAGAGAGACAGUUCAUCUACAGGAACAAAGAUGGGCCCCGCUGAGCGCCUGCGGCCCAUCGGAGCCUCAGCUGAAGACGAGGUCUGCGAGGGCAAACUUUCGGCGCCGCAGCAGGACCCAUCGUCUGAGAGGUCCGUCCACAUCAUCAUCAAACCUCAGGAGGACGUCGGCACAGAGUCAAGCUGCUUGCCCUCCAUCAUGAAUGACUAAAGAGCAUGAUGGUCCUUUUUAUCCUUUGGAGGAAAAUGUACAUUUCUGUAAUUAUGUGUUUUGUACAUGUUACUGGCUAAAUCCCAACUUCAGCACCUGCACACAGCCUCCCCAGCAUUCUAAACUGACAGGAAUCGGCCAGUUCACAAAAAGACAGACACGUUCAAACACUUAAAAUCAGCAUUUCCGUUUCAGUUUUGAAUCCUGAGAGUCCAACUUUUUUCUUAUGCAAAGGCUGAGCCAAAAUGUUUUGUUAUACUUAAGAGAAGUGAUAUUUUACGUGCAGUUUAUUAGUAGAAUAGGUUAAUAUAUUUUGUAAUUUCAUCAACAUUAUAAAGGACACAUGUUUAGUUGAAAAUAUGAAGGUAAAUGUAUUUGUAUAUGGAUUUAUUGUAUUUCUACUGCUGUUGGACUGUGGGGGGCUGUGGCAUGAGCCUCUGAGGUAGUUUUUUUUUUUUUCUUUUUUGGUUAUCUUUAAGAAUAUAUGUAAUAUGUUGUUUAUAUAAAAUGGUUUAACACUAUGUACGAGAGACUUCUAAAUAUAUUGGUGUUGUGUUACUUUUUUAAAUUUACGGUUCUCAAUUGCUGACCUUAUUUCACAGGGCAUCAUUUUUCAUUAUAACUAAUUAAUCAUAUUGCAUAAUGCAAACCCAUCAAAAGUAUAAAAAUGAAAUAUUUUUUGUUUGACAGUUGCGGCGAGUUAUAUUGUCUCUGACUGGAUUCAUAAUUCUUAUCCCCACUUCUUGGAAUCGACGGGUAAUUUUCUGGACUUAUUUUAAAUAAUGACUAAAUAACAUGAGGGUGAGGUGUGUAGACAAGGUUUUACUUGUUGUGUUGUUAAUAUAAAACAUUUUGUAUCACUGUUGUAAGAUUUUUUUUUUUACAUUAGCAACUAAAAGACAAUCUUCUUAUGAAUAGUUUGUGCCUUGCAGUAUUAGACAUCUUGCACUUUACUAUCAUGUCUACAAACGGCUCCGAGGAAAGAGAUUGUGAACAACUGAGUUCUGUUGUCACAUGUUUUCAGAUGUGAUGUAAUCGAUUAAAUCACUGGUUGAGGAAACCAAUGAUUCAUUUUGGUUUGUUAAAAUGUGAUAAUGUUUUUGACUGUCUAUUUUGUUG